AAGUCACGUGAAGGGGUAGAAGCCGAACAGCGAGGGCAUCGACCUGCUCAGCAGCAGACCGCAGGCACGGGUCCACUGCGGCACACACGGGGCAGCUCGCCUCCACCACUGCACAUCCGAACCGCUGUAUGUUAUGGAUACCGACAACGAAGAGGUAGCCAUGAAAGAAUCCAGGAGACGAGAACGGCAAACAGGUCCAAUGAAUUUACAUGAUCUUGAAGCGUUGGAGAAUUCCGACUCUGACAUUGGCUUGUGUGGCUGGCUGCUGGUGUCGCUCUCCAUUCUCCUCAUGCUGGUCACUCUGCCCGUCUCCGUAUGGAUGUGCAUUAAGAUUGUGAAGGAGUACGAGCGAGCUAUUAUCUUUCGUCUGGGGCGCAUUUUGCGAGGAGGAGCCAAAGGUCCAGGGCUGUUCUUCAUCUUGCCGUGCACUGACAGCUUCAUCAAUGUGGACAUGCGCACCAUCACCUUCGACAUCCCCCCCCAGGAGGUUUUGACCAAAGACUCUGUGACGGUGAGUGUCGACGGCGUGGUGUACUACCGGGUCCAGAAUGCCACUCUGGCCGUGGCCAACAUCACUAACGCGGACGCCGCUACCCGGCUGUUGGCCCAGACCACCCUGAGGAACGUCCUGGGCACCAAGAACCUGGCAGAGAUCCUGUCUGACCGGGAGGAGAUCGCACACAGCAUGCAGUCCACUCUGGACGAUGCCACAGACGACUGGGGGAUCAAGGUGGAGCGGGUGGAGAUCAAAGACGUCAAGCUGCCCCUUCAGCUGCAGAGAGCCAUGGCGGCGGAGGCCGAGGCCAGCCGCGAGGCCAGAGCCAAGGUGAUCGCGGCGGAGGGGGAGAUGAACGCGUCGCGGGCGCUAAAGGAGGCCUCCCUGGUGAUAGCGGAGUCUCCGUCAGCCCUGCAGCUGCGCUACCUCCAGACCCUCAACACCAUUGCCGCCGAGAAGAACUCCACCAUCAUUUUCCCGCUGCCGCUGGAGAUGAUGCAGGGCUUCAUCAAACACUGAGGAGGAGGAGGAGGAGUCUCAAAACACUGUUGUUCCAAUUAGCGGUGUCAGGUUCUGGUUGUUUUGCUUUCAAUAAGCCGAGACUCGUUGUCAGGUAACCAACUGGUAACAUUUUAAAGAAAAAAACACAUGAAUUUAAAGGGUGGGGUCCUUUUCCUACGGCACGCCAUUGAUUCAAAGAGCUAAGGCGCCGCAUUUCAAGCGUACAUCUUAUUCUAUUGUUUUGUGUUGUAAAUGCCUCUGCCCUUUAUUUCAUGUUCUGUUGGCAAUGCAGAAGUUAUUUAUUAUUCAGGUCACACUCAGUGGCCACGGAUUGUUAUCUCGUACUGUCAGUACGCAUCCCUCGUAUACAUGCAGCAUCACUACACACAUUCACGCCACUGUGUGUAUUAGUUAUGCCUCUUUGCAGAGCUACGGUGGUGUUUAGGGAAGUGUUUGUGGAUCCUGUUGAUGAGAACCAACCGAGGCCGAAAGAAGCAAACGUAUGUGUGUGUGUGUGUGCGUGUUGUACUGCAGAAGUUCCGAUCAGACAAGGUUUGCGCUGUUUUUAACGAAUCAAAGAAACGUGUUGUUUUUCCAAACAUUUCAAAGGGAAGUGCCUGCUGGAGUCGUGGCCUUACAACACAAAAACAUACACAUAUAUAUAUAUAUAUAUAUAUAUAUAUGCUAUUAUAUAUCAUAUGAUAUAUAUAUUUUAUUAUAAAACUCACACUAAACUUCCAUUGUGACCUUGAAGGCUAAAAGGAGCAACAGUGCGUACGCUCUACUGUAGUGGAGCAGCUACACUCCGGACGCUCUCGUGAAGGAAGAGCAGCACCCGUUUGCACUCCGAUGGCGUAGUCUUGGUGGAUUGGCUCUAUCACAAUGCUAACUUGUACGAGAGGUUAUCAGUUAAUCUUCAGAUAGCGCUUUCUCUAAGUAUGACUCCUAAGGUGACAUGCAAAUAAUAACACUGAAACACACACGCAAAAAAUGAGUCAAGUUGCCAACACUUCAACAGAUGCAUAAAACUUGGCUGGCAGUCAGGCUGGAAAGUACGUGUACAUGAUUACUGUACGGUUCCUAUUAUUUAGUCCAACCCUGGUCUCAAACGUUCAACGAUCAGCCGAAAGCCUUAAUUUACUGCGAUUGAUUAAUGUUCCGGCCUAAUCUCACAUUUCUAUGCAUUUAUUUAACACAAGCAACACUAUUUGUAUGCAAUAUUUGAUCACAUGUACGCUCUUUCUAGUGCCAAACAAGCCAAAUAUUUCAACUUCUUUGUGUUUAUCGGACUUUAAAUGACAUGUAGGUGCUUCAUCGCGGUUGUUACAUUUCGUUUUGUUCGGGGUGAGUGAGUGAUCGCUCCUCUGUGUAUGAAUGUCUAUAAUAAGCUAGUGCAUGCUCGCCUCUGCCAUCAGCGUGUGAGCGGAUGCACGAGGAUGUGUAGUGUUAAAGUAGUGUGUUUAUAUAGAGAGGACUUUGUUAGAGGACUCGUGUAUGUCUGACUCAUAAGUGUUACUAUAUAUGUGUAUGUAUACAGUUUAUAUGUGUAAAAACAGCUGUCAAGUUUACUGUCAUUUUACUGUGGCUAUUCAGGUUUAAACUUUGGCUCUUUUUGCUUUUGUUAAAUACAAAGACUGUUACAUUGUUUUGACUCCUGCAUGUUUGAGUCGCUAAAACAGAAAGAGAGGAAGUAUUAUUUUGGCUUCAGCUUCAUAGCAAAGAAUCUGGAGUUGUUUAAGUAUUAUGGUUCGUGAUGAGUUGGUGAUUUUCCAUCUCUCUUCUCUACUGUUUGUGUUGAAAGAAGAAACUUUGUUUUUGCUCAUUUCUCUUAACAAUUUCUGGUUAUUGAAACUAAGUAUUUUAUCUUUGUUACACACAUCAAUAUUUUAUGUUAUUAGCAAUAUGUUUUGUACAGUUUGCUAUUUGAUAUAGUUUUAUCCUGACAAUACCAAUAUAUGAAGACUUUAAAUAAAGACACUAGCAAAAAGCG